AUGAGACUUUGUUUACAUUUCCUCAUGGAUUGUGCCUUUCUCCUCAAGUCUUGCCAUAUUGUUGAGGAAGUUAGGGCUAAAGUCGGAUUGGGCUUUAUGAUUUUACUAAUGUGGGACAACAACCAUAAGAAGGAAAAAGAGUAUGUUGACGUCAUCCAAGCAGAUGCGGCGGAAGCGCACCGGAGGAAGGCGGCAGAGGAGGCCUUGGAGGCCGAGAGAGUGGCUGAUAGGACCGAUAGAGAAGAAGCGGAGAGAGCGGCGGACCAAGCAGACCGUCGUGCGGCGGCGGAGAGAGCGGAAAGGGCGAGACAGAGGAAACUGAAGGGGGCGAUUCCGGGGACGAGUCCGCUUCCAACAGAGGGAACUUCAGGCCAAGCAAGGCUUAAAGGCAUCCCUGAUGUGAUCAAGAUGUCGGGAUGUCCCGCGCCCGCGAAGCUGACUGAUGACGGGAGGUCAUGGAUGUCACGUGAAAUCCUUCUGGAGCUUAUUCCGAGGGCUGGGUUCCCCGAUUCUCUAGAAUUCCGUCUCCCGGAGGCUCAUGAAAGGCCUUACGAUGCUCCACCGGGAUGGAUGUGUGUUUACGAAUGCAUGUUCACGGAGUUUGGGAUGAGCUUCCCUCUUUCCCCUAUGCUAUUGAGGUUCGCGGCAGAGCGCGACGUUCCCACGAGUCAUCUGACUCAUGGAGUUAUCCGCUAUAUCGUCUUCACCGAGGCCUUAGCUAAGGCUGCCGGGUUCACGUUCGACCGUUUGCUCUUUGAGCAUGUCACAGAUCUUCGGACCGGGUCGAUGUGGGAAAGGGACUUCAAGCGGUUUCAUACUACGAUGAAGUAUGAUAUCGUGUUUGGUAAUUAUCGGAACAAGAUUCAUUGGUGGAAGAACUACUUCUUCUUUGUCAAGAUCUGUCGCGCCUCGGUCGGGAAAAUCAAAGCUGACCAGAUUAAGACAUAA